AUGUCCGCCCCUCUGCGCAACUUCGGCGCGCGAAAGCUGCUCUCGAAGCAGGCGCACCCCGCCAUUCUGCCCCUUCCCGCGCAGCAGUCGGGUAACAACAAGCCCUUCUCGCUCAAGAAGACGCGGCGCAACUGGAAGCCGAACGUGCACAUCAUGAACAUGCCCGUUAACAUUCUUGGCGGUGCGCCGACCAUUGCACAGAACCUCGCCAACCUCAACGAGUCCAAGUUCGUGCGCGGACCGCACCUCAAGCGCGUCAAGCUCGCGGCGCGGGAUAAGAAGACGGUCGACAAGGCUGGUGGUGUCGAGGGCCUGCUUCUCUCUCUGCCCGCGUCCAAGCUCACGCCCUACGGCCAGCUCCUCCGUACCGAGCUUUUCCGUGAGCUGCACAGCAUCAAGGCCCAGAUCGAGGCCAACCCGGAAGAGAAGGUUGCCCCGAAGCUCAUUGAGGGCGCUGUCUCCGCUGAGGCCGCUGAGGCCACUGAGCAGCGAUAA